AAGGCUACGAAGGGAGGGUUUGAGAGCUGAGACUGAUUUCUCCUGAGGAUGUCCUAAAAUGCUUUCCGUACGGCUGGGCGGAGCAUGGUGACGUAACUCGGAGUAGAUGUGUCUGGAUCCCGGCAGGAGGAUUGUGGUACAAGCAGUCACCGGGGAGUGAGCGGAGCUGUGGGGGUGGGAGGGAACGUGUCACGUUGUUUGUUCCUUUACCUCCCGUGCGUCGCUUCCCCCACAAGCAGUGUCCGGAUUAGGGCGUGGGAAUGGAACCGGAGAAGAUGGACGAGAAUGAAUGGAAUUAUCACGGGGAGGGAAACAAAAGCCUGGUAGUGUCGCAUGCUCAGAGUUGUGUGGUUUUGCGUUUCCUCAAGUUUCUCCCUAACAUUAAUAAGAGCACAGAAGAAGUCUACCAGCACCUGCACAAUAUUCUAGAUUUCGGCAAACACAUAAUGAAGCCGUUUCUGGGGGAAAACUACGUUCACCACGGGGAAGUGGUCAAAUUGCCUCUGGAUUUUUUGAAAAGCUUAUGUUUGAAGGUUCAGUCAGACAGACCCGAAUCUCGUUGUGAGAAAGAGAUGGAUGUCAGUGGUUAUGCAAUGUGCCUUCCUAACCUCACCCGGCUGCAGACUUUCCCUUUUUUAGAAUGCAGACCCAUCUUCUGUAUAGAGAUUAAGCCUAAAUGCGGUUUCAUUCCAUCUUCUGCCCAUAUCACAAACGAGAUCAAGAAGAAAGUGUGUCGCUUCUGCAUGCACCAACAUCUAAAGGUUGCCAAAGGAAAGUGGAAAAGAAUCAGCAAAUAUUGCCCGCUGGAUCUCUUCUCAGGAAAUAAGCAGAGAAUGCACUUUGCCCUGAUGAAUCUGCUGCAGGAGUCCCAAAACAAUCUCAAGGUAUUUAAGAACGGUGAAUUAAUAUAUGGAUGUAGAGAUGACCAGGAGCACUUUUUAGACCUAAAUGAACUUGCUCACAACUUGAAGCCGUUUUUCUACCCUGCCAGUGGAUUGAUCAGUGGACCUCAAUGCCCCAAAACUGUUGUGAAAGAGUUAAUCCACAUCCUGACCACAGUCCUGCUAAAUAACAGCACAGACACAGCCAGAGCAGCAAACAUCAUGCCUAUUAUCCCCUUGUCCCAGGGAAGGAACUACUGUGAAGCCAGCCACUUCUGCCCACACCUAUCAAACAGUAAACAUGCAACAGAGGCGACUGGACUGCCAAAAGGCUGCAUUUUGUACAAGACUCUGCAGGCUCAGAUGCUGGACAUGCUGGACAUUGAAGGACUCUACCCACUGUACAAAAGAGUGGAGAAGUACCUGGAGGAAUUCCCUGAGGAAAGAAGCACACUACUACUGGAUGGACCAUAUGAUGAAACAUUUUUUGAGAAGUUAAAAGACCUUUCUCUGGAGGAUGAUGGCACCAUAUCAUAUGCAGUGACCAAGAUCCAGCAGUACCGAGUGGCAAUGACUGCUAAAGAUUGUUCCAUCAUGAUCGCUCUUUCACCAGCAGUACAGGAAGAAUGCUUGGAUCCCAGGUCUGUGAUUAGGAGCACAACGUCCAGUUUUAUCCACUCGGUGUCCAUCCUGGAUUUGGACCUCAAGCCGUAUGAAAACAUUCCACACCAAUACAAACGGGACAGUAAGAUUGUGAAUCAUUACUUGAAGAGUAUAAAGGUCCAAGAGGAUCCCUUAAACCUCUAUAAGAAAAGCGAGGAUUGCACCCUUCUGCUACAGAAAGUAUAAUAUUGACUCUUAUUCCCUUCCCCCCCAGCUUGGAACUGUGAAUAUGUUAACCCCUUUGUGGCUGAGGUCAUUGUCAUCAUGCUUCUUGCAAAUCCUUGCAGUGUGAAUGGCUCUUGGUCAUAAAACCUUGGCAUGCACUUGCAAAGGGGUCAAUAUUUAGCAUUGCUGUUGGACUAUGCAGUGCCUAGAGCUGCCCUAUGUGGGUACUUGGAUAGUAAAAAAGGGUUCUAUGCAUUUUAAGGCAGAGCCCACCAAUUAAUUUAAUUUAAAUUUCCUGCCUGUUUGAUACAAAUAGACUGCUAACAAAGUGAAACGUAUAUACUGGAGGAUUUUGUUUUUACACAGAAUUAAGGCAAACACCAUGUUCCUGUGCAUUCAUUUUGCUGCUUUUCUAUUGGGUGCCUCCUGCGUUCCAUAUCUGAGCCCUACAAUAACCUUGGAUAUAAUCUUUCUCUACUUGCACCAUUUAACUUUUCUGGUAACUGGGUUUAAAUGUAGCUUUAAUAUUGCAACCGUAAUGAUUUAUGGCAUUUAAUGCUCCAGUUAAAUUUGGUCACGGGAACCCCUGCCUCUAUAGAAUGGCACCAAUUCUGUGCAUGUGCAUGCCAUCACCUCCGUUACCUUCCAUUAAGGAUCCAAAUACUUGAAAAGAUUUUAAAUGAAAACAACGCUGGACCCUGGCAAGUUGGUGAAGUUUCAGUUUACUGUAAGUCAAAAGUGGACCCCCCAACUCUUUUUUUCGGGGGGGGGGGGGUUUAAAA